AUGACAAUAGAAUCGAUUUGUAUCCUUGAAGCGGAUCGACCAACAGGUGUUGCAACGAUUAAAGCAAUAUUCGAAACAGGCUCAGAGAAAUCAAGCCAAAAAGCUCGUGUGACCGCUGGUGUUUCACCUAAUGCUUCAGAAGAAGUUCGUGAAGAAUUAAAUAAAAUUGGAGCCAAAGUAUUCGUUAUUGAUGAUCCAAAUAAUGUUACGUUUAAUGAUGUUGCAAAACUUCAAAUUAUUUUGUCUCCCGAAAGAUUGGAUGCUGCUCAACUUUACAUCAAUUCUGCUGUGAAACAUCGAGUUCCAUUCGUCUUGUUACAGUCUGUGAUUAAUGCCGAUGAGAGAGAUGAUUAUUUUGGUAAAAAAUUUGGAGAAAUUGAAAAUCAACUUAAGGAAUAUGCUGUCAAAGAGUGUCAUCCUGUUGAAGGAGGACCUGAAGCUCAAAGAGAAGCUCACAUCCAUCGCCAUUGGUCAAUCUUGAGAAUUGGAUUUUAUGAUCAUUAUUUGCUGUCGUUCAAAGAUUGUAUCAGGAAAGGUGUCUUGGAUUUGCCUAUCGGAUCUGGUGAGUUUGCACCUGUGUCAGUGGAGGAUGUUGGUAAAGCCUCAGCACAUAUUCUCGACAAAUCCGAGAAUUUUUACAAUAAAACAAACACAAUCACGGGUUCAGAAUUAUUUGACGGAAACAAAUUGGCUGAAAGAUUAACUCAAACUCUUCAUCACAAUUUAUCCUAUAAACCGUCGGAGGAUAUAGAACAUAUUAAAGAUGAUCAUAUUAAGAAAUAUAUUCAAUCUCCUCUUGAAUCUGAAGCAACGUUUCAUUUGAUUUCAUUAAUUAAAGAGGAUAAAUUGAAAUUUGUUAGUCCUAAUUUUAUUGAAAUUGAAAAAUUCAAACAGAAAACUGUAGAGCAAUUCUUUUUGGAACAUAAGGAGGAAUUUCUUG